ACCGAGAUGGUCAACGACGCGUCGAUUUACACGGCAGCAUCUAUCGCUGCCCUCUACAGCAACAUCAUCCACGUCGCGCUGCCCAAUGAGCUCACGAUCGAGUAUGCACUCCAUGGCGACAACGACGCGCCGGAGAAGGUCGUCCUCAUCAUGGGGCUCAUGUCCGAGAAGGAGGGCUGGGCACCGCUGCUUGCGACGCUCCUCGAGCCCGGCACUGCGACAGCGCGCCGGUACCAGUUCUUGACGUUCGACAAUCGCGGCGUUGGCGGCACGGACAAGCCCGCCGAGUACUACUCGACGUCGCAGAUGGCCGACGACGCGCUCUUGUUGAUGAAGUACGUCGGUUGGUCCAAGGCCCAUGUCGUCGGCAUCAGCAUGGGCGGCAUGAUUGCGCAGGAGGUCGCGUCGCGCGGCCCCGACCACGUCCAGUCGCUCGCACUGCUGGUGACGACGCCGGGUGGCGUGCACAUGGCGCUGCCCCACACGCCGCAGCUCGGCGGCUUCUGGGAGCUCGCCAAGCUCCUUGUCGGUGCCGACGACCCGCUGCAUACGAUGCUCUACACCAUGUACUCGGACGCAUUUCUCGAGACGAGAGUCGAUACCAAUCCGACCAUGACGUACCGCGACCUCCUCUCAGUCUUCCACAAGGAACGCCUCGAGCGCACGCGCAUCACGGCAUCGGGCAAGAAAGGGCAGUACGCCGCGUGCUUGAAGCACAGCAUGAGUCCCCGCCGCCUCCAGGCGAUCCAAAAAGCCGGAUUUCCGAUCCUCGUCGUCGGCGCCGGCCAAGACCGGCUGCUGCACUUCCGCAACACGGAGAUUCUCUACGACCACCUGCAGGGCGAGCGCACGACCAAGCUCAUCUACGACACCUCGGGCCACGGCGUCCUCGUCCAAGAGCGCGUCGCGCUCGCAACCGCGCUUGACGCGCACUUUCAGACAAACGUGCUCGUGCCGCAGCUGUUUUGA